AGGAAAAGAUGGCCGCAGAAUCUUCGUACGGAUUCGUUUACGGAGUGUCCGGACCUGUCGUCACAGCCGAGAAGAUGGCUGGAUCGGCUAUGUACGAGUUGGUUCGUGUAGGACAUCAAGAGCUCGUCGGAGAGAUUAUUCGUCUCGAGGGUGACUACGCCACUAUUCAAGUAUACGAGGAAACAUCUGGAGUCACAAUCGGAGAUCCAGUACUUCGUACCGGUAAACCACUUUCCGUCGAACUUGGACCAGGUAUCAUGGGAUCGAUUUUCGACGGAAUUCAGCGUCCACUCAAGGAUAUUGCUGAUAUUACUCAAUCCAUCUACAUUCCAAAGGGAGUCUCCACUAAUGCUCUUUCUCGUGAAGCUCGCUGGGACUUCGUUGUGUCCAAGGAUCUCCGUGUUGGAGGACACGUGACCGGAGGUGACAUCAUUGGAACCGUCGAUGAGAACUUGCUCAUCAAGCACAAGAUUCUUCUACCACCAAGUGCAUGCGGAACCAUCACCUUCGUUGCUCCAUCCGGGCAAUACACAGUUGAGGACACCCUUCUCGAGCUCGAAUUCGCCGGACGCAAGCAGAAAUUCUCUAUGCUCCAAAUCUGGCCUGUCAGAUCUCCAAGACCAGUCACAGAGAAGCUCGCUGCCAACAAUCCACUUCUCUGCGGACAGCGUGUUCUCGACGCCUUGUUCCCAUGUGUCCAAGGAGGAACCACCGCCAUUCCAGGAGCUUUCGGAUGUGGAAAGACUGUCAUUUCCCAAUCUCUCUCCAAAUACUCCAACUCUGAUGCUAUUAUUUACGUCGGAUGCGGAGAGCGUGGAAACGAAAUGUCUGAGGUACUCCGUGAUUUCCCAGAGCUCACCAUGGAGGUCGAAGGUGUCACCACUUCCAUCAUGAAGCGUACAGCUCUUGUCGCCAACACUUCCAACAUGCCUGUCGCUGCUCGUGAAGCUUCCAUCUACACUGGUAUCACCCUUGCCGAAUAUUUCCGUGACAUGGGUCUCAACGUUGCCAUGAUGGCUGACUCUACCUCUCGUUGGGCCGAAGCUCUUCGUGAGAUUUCUGGACGUCUCGGAGAAAUGCCCGCCGAUUCCGGAUACCCAGCUUACCUUGCCGCUCGUCUCGCUUCCUUCUACGAACGUGCCGGACGUGUUAAGUGUCUCGGAUCUCCAGAACGUGAAGGAUCCGUCACCAUUGUCGGAGCCGUAUCACCACCAGGAGGAGAUUUCGCCGAUCCAGUCACAUCCGCCACCCUCGGUAUCGUACAGGUGUUCUGGGGACUUGACAAGAAGCUUGCUCAACGUAAACAUUUCCCAUCUAUUAACUGGCUUAUUUCCUACUCCGAGUACAUGCGUGCUCUUGAGGAGUUCUACGAGAAGAACUACCCAGAGUUCGUCUCACUCCGUACCAAGUGCAAGGAGAUCCUCCAGGAAGAAGAAGAUCUUUCCGAAAUUGUGCAACUCGUCGGAAAAGCUUCCCUCGCCGAAUCAGACAAGGUCACACUUGAGGUUGCCAAGAUCAUCAAGGACGAUUUCUUGCAACAGAACGGAUACACCAAAUACGAUCGUUUCUGCCCAUUCUACAAGACUGUCGGUAUGCUCAAGAAUAUGAUUGGAUUCUAUGACUUGGCCCGUCAUGCUGUUGAAGCAACUGCUCAAUCUGAUAACAAGAUCACAUGGAACGUCAUCAAGGAUAGCAUGGGAGAUUUGAUCUACCAGCUUUCUGCCAUGAAAUUCAAGGAUCCAGUUGCCGAUGGUGAAGCCAAGAUUCGCAAGGAUUACGAAGAUUUGGCAGAGGCUAUGGCUAACGCUUUCAGAAACCUCGAGGAUUAAAUUAAUGUUUUUAGAAAUUUUAAAAUUGAUUCUCUUGUUUGUUUCUGUUUUCGCCUCCCCGCUAGAUUCUGUUCAGUUUUGCUGAGCGUGUACUUUUUAGUUAAAAGUAUAUGUUUUUCCUUGAUCCCCUCACCCAAUUCGCCUCCUUUCUCUACUUUUAUCCUCUUUAAAGUGUUUGAUUGAUUUGACAUUCCAAAUUUCAGAUAUUUAUUGCACCUUUUUUCUCUUUUGUAGAUUUCUAAACUUCAAAAAAUUCCAACCACACACAAUGUAUCUGGUCGCCUUACAACUCCCGUUUUAAACAACAAUUUCACUUAUAUUAAUCAAUAUUUUUGGUAUUCUUCUUGUUGAAUAGACUACUUUACUUGUGCCCUUCCAUUUCUUUUUUUGCGACAACCAACCCGUAUAGUCUUACGAACCACGUUUUACUGUGUUGUGAUAUGUAUAAUACUUUUGAGACACACCAAUUCAACUAUAGCAAUAAACUUUAGGAAAAUCACAAAU